CCGUGUGCCUAAGACCUCCAGAAUCCUUCUUGUAUAUCCACUUGUGGGAUGAGCAAGCUCAGGGCGCCCUUUCCUCGUCCGCCUACUGGUCUUAUUACGACCCUUCACCAGCUUGCCCACCUCCCUUUGUAUUUGUUCUUGACCUCAAUCAUAGAUUUUUCUUGUUUUUGUGUCCAAUGCUUCCCAUGCGUUUCCCGGACAGACGUGUAGCUUCCCAGUAGCGUUGCAUGCUAUCAAGUUCUGCCUCGGACCCAUUACUUGCAGUUCCAUACAUACCAGUGACCCUUACCCAAGGUAAAUGCACACAUUUAGCUCAUCAUUUGAUCUACUGUGACUGCGAAGUUUAUCCUCAACAUAUGGCGGGCCGCCCGGAUAUCAAGGCAGCGCUGGAGUCUCAGGAAAAGCCUUCUCUUUCACAGAACUGGCCGUAGUAUUCAAUACCAUGCGUAUAGACGGUAGCAUGAUACUCACGCUAUCGACCUGACUGGAUACAUCGCACUGCACCUUGGCUCCAGUAUAAAGGUCGACCACCAUGGUCCGGACAAAUUGCCAAAAUACCAACUCAUAGGUGAAGAAAUGUAUCUGGGAACUGUCAUCUUACUCGUGUCGCUCGCCACGAGCGCUUUCGCUGCCACUACUUGCAAUGUCCUCGAUUAUGGAGGCGUUGCGGACAACUCUACCGAUAUCGCACCUGCUAUAACGUCCGCAUACAAUGACUGCGUUGCUGGUGCGACGACCUCUGACGCGACAGACACUGUGCUUUUGGUUCCAUCUGGGACCUAUGCUUUGGUCACUGCUGUGACGCUCACGAAUGUCGCAGACUUCAGUAUCGAGAUUAACGGUGACUUGAAUCUGAUAUUUAAUGCCUCGCUGUCCGGUACUUUGUUCUCUUUCGAUGAUUGCAACAACAUGCUGACAUCCGCUCUCCAAGUUGUUUGGCAGGGUACUGGUACUAUUUAUGGACACGGGGACCUUUGGCGCCCUGAUGAAAAUCUCAUGGCGUGUACUAUACCAUCAGCCUGGCCGAAUCGACCACGCCUUGUCCGGUUUCAAACAUGCAACAAUAUCGACAUGAGUGGUGUAACUCUCAACAAUUCCCCGAUGUUCCAUGUCACGAUAAUCGGAGAUAAUAACGUGGCACACGACAUGCAAAUUAUCGCAGACCAUAUUGGCGAGACGGACGGCUUCGACAUGUCUGGAAAUAAUAACUAUGUCCACGACGUUUCGGUUGAAAACGGGGACGAGUGUGUGACGGUUAAGGCACCUACUAAUGGUUUCGUAGGAGAGAAUAUACAGUGCUUCUACUCUGCAGGAUGCAACAUAGGCUCGUUUGGUAACGAUGCCACUGGCAUCUCUGUGCAGAAUGUCUAUUAUAAGAACGUCACACAGCAAAAUGGGGAUGGUGGCAUCGUUCUGAAAUCUUAUCCCACCGCGUCUGGACUGGUGACAAAUGCAACUUAUGUCGACUUUACCUUUACCAACAUCGCUUAUCCGCUCCAGGUCGAUUCCUUCUGGUGCCCCAAUGAAGCCUGUCCCGCGACCACAGGGAACAUCACGUGGACGGAUAUCACGUUUGAAAACAUCUCCGGGACGGGCGACAACAGCACACGUCCCACCAUCAUGAUUGAUUGCAUCGCGGGCUACGAAUGCACCGGCAUGACUUUUGAGAACGUGGAUCUUGGCAAAGAAGGUGGGGCGACGGUAGAAAUUGAGGUAACUAAUGCCUGCGGUACAGGCUUGAGUCAGCUCUCUGCCUGCUGAUAAUACCUGGUAUGUAUAAUACGGCAAUCCAC